GUUUUCGUGGUUGCGGCAUGCGUUGUUUGCAAGCAUGUUUGAUGAAUAUAAAUGUAAAAUAUUGGUAUUCUAACGUUUUAUUUUACUUAUUUUGUGCAUGUACCAGGCUUGGUUUAUCAUACAUUCUGUUUGUUGGCCUAUCGGUUGCUGGCGAUGUCAAGGAAUCCGUGAGUUCGAGGGCUUUUCUCGAUUUUAGGUUAUACAUGUAGCAUUUUAUUGAUGGAUAUUGCGACACAGAUGGAUGCUAAUUGACAACGCCUUUUUAGUUUAUUGCAGGUAGGCAAUGCGGGUGAAAGUACUGCUGACGUCAGUGGAAUUUUCGAUGAAAUUAUGCUGGGAAGGCGUUUCUUUAGUUGGGAGGAAUUUGAGAAUUCCUUAGGAGAAUUUCAACAAGUGAGGAAGUCAUUUAAUGCUAACAAUGUAGUUGUCCUGCACUCACUAUGUGCAUAUUCAAAGCAAAACAACAGGGGAAGACAGAUAUAAGUACGCUUACGUUUAUUUUAAAUGCACUUUUGGCGUGAACCGUGGAAAAGCUGGCCUGAAAUUGCGAAACAAGUCGUCUAAAUGUUGCAACUGUCUGUCUGCAUUUCGCGUAAUUUUGCGUUAUAGUGAAUACGUGAUAACAUCCCACAAAAUGGUCCACAACCAUCCAUGCACCAGGGUGUAUAUGCAGAAUGAUCCAUGGUCUAGACGACUGUCAGCGGAAGAGAAAGAAAAUAUAGAACCACUUCUUCACCAAUCACACUCAUCAGAUGAAAUAAUUAUGCAUGUUAAGGAAACAUUCCACAAGGACAUAACUCUUAAUGACGUUAGAAAUCUGAAAGCUUCAGUUAAUAAAGGUAUAUCGAGCCGUUAUGACAUUUUUGAAUUCCUAAAGUCCCGUGGGAAGUUAUUGGAGUAUUAUGCAGAUGAACCGAUAAGGAAUUCACUGAUGAGAGUCUGUUUUUCUACUUAUGAGCAAAUAGAUUUGUAUAAACGUUUUCCGGAGGUUGUUGGCAUCGAUUCUACAUAUAACACAAAUAAAGGGAAGUAUUCUUUGUUUCAAUUGGUUGUAACGGAUAAUUUUGGUCGUGGGAGACCGGUUCUAUUUGCUUGGACGCGAAAGGAAUUCAAGCGUGAUGUUGUUUGGAUUUUGGACUCGUUUCGUAGCAUAAUGGAAGACACCUCUAAAACAGAAACAUUCAUUAUGGAUUGUGCGCAAGCCGAAAUAGGAGCAGUGAAGUUAACACACAGAGAAGCGCACAUUGUUCUUUGUUCUUUUCAUGUUUGUCGUGCAUUUUGUCGUAAAGUAAAUUAUUUAAAAGCAUAAUUAAAAUUUCAAUUUUAGACGCGGAAUCCCAUUGUUAAGAACUACUUAUGUCGCUUAAUUCAGUGUAAAAGGAGAUCUGAGUAAUGCCUUUAAUAUUUUCAUUUUUCCAGAUUUAACUUCUAUUUCAGAGUUAUAAGCCGAUUGGAUGUUGGUGUCAGUCAGUAUUUACAACGUCGUUGGAUGAGUCGACGACACUUGUGGGCAGCAGCUUUCAGGGAACAUGUACUGACUUUGGGUAAUGAC